UUAUUUCCGCCAAGCCUCAACUUUUAGAGCUGUUGAGUAAUCAUGAAAUAUGAAUAUCGAGGCACAGGCUAUACCUUUCAACCUUUUGAAAAGGGCAUUUCGAAUUACGGACCAGUUUCGGCUGCCUGUAGCUCAGUGCCUUUCCCCGAGUGUAACCGCAAGUGGUCCUUCCUCGACUUUCCACAGAGGGAGUUUGUCAGCCUCAACCAAACCAUAUUGGAUACGAGGCGGCUUGGCGGGGCGCAACCUCAACGUUAUGCUUCCCACCCUGGUGGAAGAGCUGACAAAGCGCCAGUCAGCCUCCACCACUUCAUCUGCGGAUCUUCUGGGAACUCCUAUAGCCUCACAUCUCAAAGACCUCUGCAACAGCAAUCCUCAUUAUUGUCCCUCGCACAAUUUGGGGGGUACCUCAAUAUCCCCACUUCUUUGUUAGCUCCAGCACCCCGCCGCUUGACGGGCUAAGCCCAGAUUCCCCACGAGCUUAAUUCGACCACACGUCUAGACAUGACAUCGUCAGAAAGCGAAGAUCACCCCGCUUCGAGAAAACGCAGUAGAGUCCAGAAGAACACGGAUUCUGCCAACAAGAAGGCGAGAGGACGCCCCCGAGUUGAGGCAGAAGAUGCCACUGCCGCUGAUGUAAGUAGAGUGUGUUGAGUGAUGGCUUCACCU